AUGGAAAAGUACUUUUGUUUCAAGAAGCAGGAAGAUAUGUCUGAAACACUGGUUUGUGUGAAACGAGUAAAGCAAGAAGCAUCCGAAGAGUGGGAUGAGAGCAUGCCAUUGCCUGGAGACAUCAUUGAAGGGCUUGCUAAGAAUGAUGCAGAUGGGUUAUUUGUGCGGGCUAAAGCUAAGUCUGAUCUUAGGUCACAGCUUGGUAAGAUUAGCCCGCAGGCUGAGACAGUAUGGUUGAAGGUUAGAAGAGGUGAGAGGACACUUAAGCUCCGUGCCAGAGUGGUGCCAGAUAGGUGUGCGGUGCUACAGAGAAGAUUCACCAUUAAAGCAGCCAAUGAUGAUAGGCAUGUUGCAGUUUUAGGAGACUUGACCUUGGAACAAUGCACAGAGCUGCAAGGUAGGUUUUCUUCCGAUGUUCGAUCGUCUUGA